GUUGUGGAAUAUGAUCUUUAAAAAUAUAUUUUUAAUAAUGCUGGACGUCUGUCUUAAGAACGACUUUUCCCCUACAUUGCGAUAAACUGAAACCAAACAUGCAUAUUUAAGUUUUUCUGAAACUGCCUACUUAUUCUUUUAAACCUUAAAAAAUGAUAAGAUUUAUCUGUAGUUUGACCUAAUAUUUCAAACGAUUUGAGAAUCAUUUCAUAUAAUACAGAUUUUAUAAAAAUCCAAACAGAUUUGGAGUAAUUUUGUCCCUAUGGGCUUGUCGUAGUUCACAGAGGAACGCUGACAACAGUGAGACACAGUUUCGUAAAUAAAUCAUUAUCUCGACCAAAGAGCGAAAAACACAUAAUACACAUUUACAGGGAAAAGCAGCUGCUCCGUCUUCUUUCCUGAAUGGGAUUACUCAGCGCCAUUCAGCUUUCCUCGAGGACCGCAAGAUGCCAUCUGUGCCAACUUUCCACAUCAAAGUCAUGGUUUUCCACAAAAUCCGCCCCACUGGGGGGCAAAAACAUUCUGCUGAUGGGUCCGCCCGGAGCAGGAAAGACAACAGUUGGGAAAAUUGUGGCCAACAAACUGGGCCUGCCCGCCGUAGACGUCGAUGAUGAUGUCUUAGAGCCGGCGUGGAAGAUGCCGGUUGCAGCCAAGCUAGCGGAGGUCGGAGGGAGGCGUUUUCUGGAGGAGGAAGGCCGGACUUUGAGUAACUUCUCUGCAUCUGGAUGCAUCGUCUCCCUGACAGGCUCCAAUCCCCUUCAUGGCGAAGCUAUGCAGCACUUGAAGCAGAACGGGGUUGUGGUUUACCUGGACGUGGACAGCCGGGACAUCAUGGAGAGACUCGGCAGGAUGAAGGUUAACCGGAUAGUGGGCCAAGAAGUCGGGGUGUCCAUGAGAGAUAUUUUACUGUACAGGAAGCAGUUCUACGAGAAAUGGCUGGACGUGAGGGUGUUUUGUGGAAUGGGAGACACAGUGGAGGAAGUGGCAGAGAAGGUUUUGAAGGCAGUGGAGAGAUAUCUGGAACACGAUGAGGAGACUUAUGUUUCAACCCGGGGUGGCGGCUCAGAAUUACCCAAUCGAAAAACGUAUUUCAGUGAUGUGGUUAUCGAGGGCCUAGCUGCAGAUGGAGGUCUUUAUGUUCCCAAAAAAGGCUUUCCAAACGUUCCUAAAGGCGAAUGGCUCAGAUUAAUUUCCAUGUCAUACCCAGAGAGAGCUUUGGUUUUGCUGGAAAAGUGCAUCCACCCACUGGACGUCUCUCCUCUGGACCUCAGGAGUAUGGUAUUUAAAGCAUAUGGAGACAAUUUUUCCAGUGACAAAGUUGCUCCUGUGAAGCAUCUUGUUCAAAAUCAAUACAUCCAAGAGCUUUUCCACGGUCCAACUGCCUCGUUUAAAGACCUUGCCUUGCAGCUGAUGCCCCAACUCUUCGCCCACUGCCUCCCACCAAUGUGUAACUUCCUCAUCCUGGUCGCCACGUCUGGGGACACAGGCAGCGCCGUCCUGAGCGGCUUCAGCCAACUGAGCGGCGCCGACAGACACCGGACAGGAGUGUUGGUGUUUUUCCCAGAAGAAGGAGUGAGUGAGGUCCAGAAGCUGCAGAUGACGAGCUUCAGGGAAGGCAACGCCAGAGCAGUCAGUGUCCUGUCAGACUUUGACUUCUGUCAGAAGAGCAUCAAGAAGAUGUUUGGUGAGUCGGGGCUGACCGGGCAUCUCGCUGUGGAGUACGGUACCAUCCUCAGCACCGCCAACUCCAUCAACUGGGCACGGCUAUUGCCGCAGGUUGUUUAUCACUCUUCUUGCUAUUUGGAUCUGUGCAGAGAUGGUGUGAUUAACUUUGGAGAUCCCGUGGAUGUUUGUAUUCCUACUGGGAACUUUGGUAAUGCCAUGUCAGCGUUGUACGCCAAGCAAAUGUGCAUCCCGAUAAGAAAAGUCAUCUGUGCGUCCAACCACAACCGAGUUGUGUCGGACUUCAUCACCACAGGCCAGUAUGACCUCCAGGGUCGCCCCCUGCUGCUCUCCCACUCCCCCGCCAUAGACAUCCUGAAGUCCUCCAACCUGGAGAGGUUCAUCCACCAUGUCUCAGGAGGAAACAGCCACCUGGUCGACGACCUCUUCACUCACUUAGACGCGCAGAAACGCUUCCAGCUUCCUGAGCGUCUCCUCGGCAGGAUGCAGCAGGAGGUGCAGGCCGGCUGGUGCUCUGAGGAGGACUGCUUGGCCGCCGUCCAGGAGCUCCACACUCUGACGGGAUACCUGAUGGAUACGCACACCGCCGUGGCGAAAGUGGUGGCUGAUCGGCUGCAGGAUGGAUCGUGCCCUACGGUGCUCUGCUCCACUGCACACUACGGGAAAUUUGCUCCUGCCGUGUUCAAAGCUCUUCGGAUCCAGAAUGUUUCUCCUGAUCCCAUGAAGCAGCUGGAGCAGCUGGAAGCGGCCGCGUCCGAACCGGCAGCACACGGAAAGAUGAUGAAAUGCCUGAGGCAGAGAGGGAGCGGACACAGAGCUCUUCAGGCAGAUUAUAGCGUUCUGGUGGAGGAGGUGGAGAGCAUGAUACAGGACUCCUUCCUCAAAGUGUCAUAGAUACUCCCAGUUUUACCUUAAAGCUGCAGUAUGCAACUUUUAUAAAGAAUAUGUUUGUUACAUGUUUGUUAAAACUGUCACCAUGUCCUGACAGUUUAAUAUGAGACAGAUAAUCUGUGAAAAG